AUAAAUUGUAUGCUUACAUAUUAAUUUUAUUGUAUGUAUAAGUUUACAUAUUAAUUUUGUCGUUCCUCUUUUUCCUUUAUGAAAACUUAAAUUUCUUUCUAAAUUAUUACUUUAUGUCGGGCAGAGUGGAGUGAGGUCAUUACUGUGGAUUGAGUACAAUCGUGUAGAUAUGGUUGCUUAGGUGGUAAUCCACAUUUUUUAUUUUUUUUAAUGUUUCUACAAAUUUGAAAUUUUGAAGCUGUUUAGAGGAACGAACUAUUUGAUGGAAAUAAUAAGAAGCAGAAAACACAUGCUUGGUAUGUUUAUAAAAAUUUAAAUUUAAAAGCUUUAAAGCAUAGGCUAAAUUAUUGAAGUUGUGGAAUCUACUUUUGAUUUAUGCAAUUGGUCCUUCUUUAGGUCAGAUACUAGUAUAAUCCAUCUUCACAGUAAACAAACUUUUUCCAAGAGCAAUAAAUUGUUUAUAAUUUGUAGUUCAUACAAGAUUUGUAAUUCUAACAAGUUUUAUAAUAAUGAAUGGUUACAUAUAUGUGCAAAGAUAAAAUUGCAAGAGGAAUGAAAGAUAACUUGCUUUAUACCAUAAAGUGGAAAGAUACAAAAGACGGAGGGUAGGUGAAGAUCUUAAAGGAAAGUGACACUUGACAUGGAAAACUAAAUUUUGCUGGCCUAGGUAUCUCCGUAGAUAUUUCUUAUAGCCAAGCUAUUUUGAUCCUUUUUUUAGAUGGGCUGCUUUUAUUUCACUAUAGAAAUCACAAGCAGCCUCUGGUUCAGUCUUCAUCUAUUCUCCUCUACCGCUAACAUCUCAGAGGAAACAUAGACCUUGUCCUAGAAUCUAAAUCUCCAAUAGCCUGUGGUGACAUGGAAAAACUGGCAAACAAAUCUUUGGUUCAAAACCUAAUAGAACGAUGUCUUCAACUCUACAUGACACAGAAGGAAGUUGUGGAAACUCUGCUGGCUCAGGCUGAAAUUGAGCCUGGUUUUACUGAACUUGUUUGGCAAAAGCUUGAAGAAGAGAAUAGAGAAUUCUUCCAGGCUUAUUAUCUGAGAUUGAUGGUGAAGCAACAAAUAAUGGAAUUCAACAAGUUACUUGAGCAACAGGUGCGAUUGAUGCAUCAUAUUGAUCCAACUGGAGUUUCCUCAAUCUCUAAUUCUAAUGGACCUCACAUACAGCCGAUGGCCCAGAACUCAUACUGCUACGGCCCAGAGAACACAGGACAAGUUUUGAAGCAGGAGAACAUGCAUCAUCUCAUGGGAUCUGGGUUGACUAAUUUAUUCACUAAUGGUAGUUUGUCAUUUCCUACUGGAAUGCAUGCUCCUAUUGAGCUGCCUACCCGUGCCAGUAGGAUUGAUGCCCCACCAGCCAUGGUUUCAACUCAGAAUUCAAACAUGGGUCUGAUGCAAGGAAUAAAUGGGAAAAUGAUAAAAUCAGAAGCUGGUUAUUCGGGCAGUUCUGCUUACAUGUUUGGUGCUGAGAACAAUGUUCUGGAGGCACGUCCAACAAUUGGGGAUACAUCUUUCAGUAGUGUAGAAUCAACCACACAACCACUGAAUGAACCACCUCUGGAUGUUGACAUUUCUUCAUUUGGAUUUUUAGGCCAGAUCCAUAGCAAUUUCAGUUUUUCAGAUCUCACAGCUGACUUUUCUCAGAGUUCAGAUAUACUGGAGAGCUACCCGCGGUCACCUUUUUUAGCAACAGAUAAUGAAAAUUUCCUGGAUUUUCGUGAAAGAGAACAUCAAGGAGAAAACAACAGGUUGGACACCAUAUCAGAGGGAUUGAGUUAUGAAGAUUUUAGAAAUGAAUAGCCUACAACAUCAGUGUGAGAAAAGGUGGUUUGGCUAUGCUAUGAAACCCACAUUCUAAGGACCGUCUUCUUUUAUUAAGAAGAAGAAAACAACCGAGGCUUGGUCUAGUAGUUGUUACUCCUCCUUAGGAGGGAUAAGGUCAAAGGUUCAAAUCUCCCCUCCCCCAUAUAUUGUAUUAAAAACACAAGACAAAAAGCAUUGUGAAUGAGUGAUUAAUAAUUUAAGCAAGUUCUAGUGGAUAGUGCUAUUUCAGAAUAUGUGUGAGAAAAUUGUUAUUCUCUGCCAUUUUUGUUAUAUUUGAUUAUACAGAUUUCACUUACAAUGUGUAUUUUGUGCAAUGUUUU